AUGGAAAUAUUCAAAAAUAUCACCAGUAUAAUGUAUUUGGAUUUUAUGGAGAGCGAAGUUAAAACAGUUAUUGAAGAUUCUCUGAAAUUUCAAAAAAAUUAUGAUAACUGUACAUAUAAAUAUGCAACACUUGGUCAACUUUCUUUUGAUUUUUGUGUGAUAAAAAAUCUACCAGAGAUCAGAGAAAUCGAGUUAUUUGAGAUUAAUGCGUUUAAUGGACAUCCUGAAAUUCAAAUUUUAAACCCGAUAACUGCUCUAAUGUUACCUAACAUACCAUUAGCUCUUAAGGUAAGUAAUCAAUAUAAUUAUUUAAUGUUUUAAUCAACAUAUUCAGUAUGGAUAUGUUGGUGCAACUACUAUUGGACAUGAAAUGGGUCAUACAAUUAUUCCACUUGGUUUGGAAGACGGAUUUUUCCCGUAUUUUUCGAAAGAUGUUCAAAAUUGUAUUCAGAACCAAUUUAAUUCGACUUGUCGAAGUUUUAAAGAAGAAUCAUGCGAUGUUCGAGAUGAUCAAUUCGAUGAAAAUGGAGCCGAUAUUUUUGGAUUUCCUUUUGCAUUCGAUCGAUUGAAACAACAUUUGGGAAAUCGGAUAUAUGUGAGAAAUCUAGAUGAUAUUAAUUAAAUUAUAAUUUUUUUGCAGGAAAAACUUCCGGGAUCUAGACGGGGGUUGACUCAUGCACAAGCGUAUUUUUACGCGGUUUCCAAUGGAUUUUGUUCAGUGAGUUCAUGAGGCACUACUUUUUAAAAUAAAAAUUACGAGGUUUUUAUGAAAAUUUUGAGAGUAUAUGUCCCUUCAAAGCUUUACUGUAUGCUCCUUUGAAAAAAGCUACAGUAAUUUAAAGGAGCAUACACUCGCCCCCUCAAGCCGCGUGCGCAGAUUCUUGAUCUACACUCGCGCCAGGGGCGCUCGAAGGAUGUACAGUACUUCGAGAGCCUAAGGCGUCAGUGUAUGUUCUUUUACAUUACUGUAGCUAUGUUCAAAAUGUGAAUGUGAAAUUUGAGUAAUUUCUAUUUUCACUCCAAUAGUUGAGCCUAUACUACGAAAAACAUAUAUAUCUAAAAAUUUCCAGAGAGAAGACAGUUAUUCAUCCAGCGACACACAUGGAGCCGCAAAUGCUCGAAUAAAUGCUGGAGUUAUUCAAAGUCCUGAAUUUGAAAAAGUGUUCAAUUGCUCGAAAAAUAGUCGAAUGGUUCAAUCGAGAAAACAAUUUUGUUAUGUUUUGGGUGAAAAUGCGCCGCAAAAUUGA